AUGGAAGAAAAACACGAGAGAUUGAAUAAGCAGUUCAGUGAGCUUGAAAAGGAAUGGGCGGCCAUGAAAACAGGCAAAAGCUCAUCUGCAAUUUCGUGUACCAGUACUAUUGAAGAAGCUCUGGAGUUUGUGGAGAACUCUCCAAGAAAGCUGAUGAUCUCUCUCCAAUAUGACCAGGCUUGUCCAGAGGCAGAGAUGAGAUCACCCUGUAGGAGAAAGCUCUUUCACGACUCUGAUGAUAAUGAUGAUGAUGAUGAGACCAAGAUGACAAUGUUGUCUCAUUCGACUUGUUGGUCUUCCAAUGUGAUAAGAGUGGGAGAUACUAAUAACAAGGAGAAGAAGAAGAAAAGAGGAAUGAUUGUCUGUGUUAGUGUGUUUGUUAUUUUGAUAAUGUCCAUGUUUUUGGCUGUAGUGGUGAUAGAUGGUUUUGAUGACCAUAGGCAGAUUAAUACUUUGGUUCCUACUUGA